AAACUAUCUUAUUAAUCAUGUCUACUGGUCCACAAUUUAACGUUUCUUCGGAAACUGCUGUUCAAUACGAACAACAAUAUUCUGCUCACAAUUAUCAUCCACUCCCAGUGGUAUUCACCAAGGCUGAAGGUGCUCAUGUUUGGGACCCUGAAGGAAAGAAAUAUUUGGAUUUCCUUUCUGCCUACUCUGCGGUUAACCAAGGUCAUUGUCAUCCAAAGAUCAUUGAAGCUCUUGUUGAUCAAGCCUCAAAGUUGACCUUGUGUUCCAGAGCCUUUUCUUCUGAUGUCUUUGGUGUGUUUGCCAAAUAUAUCACCGAAUAUUUCAACUAUGAAAUGGUUCUUCCAAUGAACACCGGUGCUGAAGCGGUUGAAACUGGAUUGAAGCUCGCUAGAAGAUGGGGGUAUGUUAAGAAGGGAAUUCCAGAAGGUGAAGCCAUCAUUUUGUCUGCUGUUGAUAAUUUCCAUGGUAGAACUUUAGGAAUUAUUUCAAUGUCUACUGAUCCAGAUGCUACUGAUAAUUUUGGUCCUUAUUUGGCUGGGGUUGGUCCACAAAUCCCAGGUGAACCAAAGGGUACUCUCUUGAGAUAUGGGGUCAUUGAAGAUGUUGAAAGGGCCUUUGCCAAUGCUGGUGAUAAGAUUGCUGCUAUUCUUUUGGAACCAAUCCAAGGUGAAGCCGGUAUUGUUGUCCCACCUGAAGGAUAUCUUACCAAAGUUCAAGAACUUUGUAAAAAGCAUAAUGUCUUGUUGAUCUGUGAUGAAAUCCAAACUGGGAUUGCCAGAACCGGUAAGAUGUUGUGUUAUGAACAUUCUGCCAAUGUUAAGCCAGACAUUGUUCUUUUAGGUAAGGCCAUUUCUGGUGGGGUUAUGCCAGUUUCUUGUGCUCUUUCUUCAAAGGAAAUCAUGUUGUGCUUGGAACCAGGUUCUCAUGGUUCCACUUAUGGUGGUAACCCAUUGGCCUGUAGAGUUGCCGUUGCUGCCUUGGAAGUUGUUAAGGAUGAAAAAUUGGUUCAAAGAUCUCAAGAAUUGGGUGACUUUUUGUACAAUGAAUUGACCAAAUUGAAAGAUGAAUCUAAUGGAAUCAUUUCUGAGGUUAGAGGUAAAGGUUUACUCAGUGCCAUUGUCAUUGAUGAUACCAAGACCAACGGUAGAUCCGCUUGGGACUUGUGUAUGUUGAUGAAAGACCAUGGUGUCUUGGCCAAGCCAACUCAUGACCACAUCAUCAGAUUGGCCCCACCAUUGGUGAUCUCCAAGGAAGAUUUAUUGAAGGGUGUUGACUCUAUCAGACAAUCUUUGGACAAAUUGCCAAAUGCCCCAAAGACUGCCCAUUAAUUAAUAGUACA